UUCGCGUCACUUCCGGUGAGAGCGCUACCUCUGUGGGGCCUCGUGUUUCCGCUCUCUCUCUCGCGCCGCUCCGUGAACGCCAUCAUGGGUCGUAUGCACGCUCCCGGUAAGGGCUUGGCCCAGUCUGCACUUCCAUACAGACGCAGUGUCCCCACAUGGCUGAAACUGACAUCAGAUGAUGUUAAAGAGCAGAUCUUCAAACUGGCCAAGAAGGGUCUGACCCCCUCUCAGAUUGGUGUGAUCUUGAGGGAUUCCCACGGUGUUGCCCAGGUGCGUUUUGUCGCUGGCAACAAGAUCCUCAGGAUCCUGAAGUCCAAAGGCCUGGCCCCCGAUCUGCCUGAGGAUCUGUACCACCUGAUCAAGAAGGCUGUUGCCACCAGAAAGCACUUGGAGAGGAACAGGAAGGACAAGGAUGCCAAAUUCCGUCUGAUUCUGGUGGAGAGCAGGAUCCACAGGCUUGCCCGUUACUACAAGUCCAGGAGGGUUCUGGCCCCCAACUGGAAGUACGAAUCCUCCACAGCCUCUGCACUGGUGGCAUAAAUGUAACAGUUUUGGACAAAAUAAACGUUUCGAUGAGUAA